AUGGCGGCAGCAGAAGCGGCACCAGCGCCAGCCAGCCCCGCCCCGGGCGCUGCGCCAGCAGGCCAGGCCCCGCUUCCUGACACUGCCAGCCUGCCCCCUGGCCUGCUCAGCGAGCUGCUGUGCCCCAUCACCCAGGAGCCGAUGCGUGACCCCGUAGUGGCGGCAGAUGGGCGCACCUACGAGAGAGCCCGCCAUCGAAGCCUGGAUGGCGCGCCAGGCAGCGGCAGGCCGCGCUCCCCGCUGACCAAUCUGCCGCUGGCGAACCUGGUGCUGCUCCCGAGCGUGACCGUGCGCAGCCUGGUGCUGGGGCUGCAGGCGGCGAGGCUGCUGGAGUGA